GCGGCGCUGCCAUUUCCGCGCGCGCCGCCGGUCGGGCCGGUUCUGGGCCGGGACCGGCGCUUGGCCCGGGGAUCCUUCGCCAGCGGAGCGUCCCCAAGGUGCCCAGAGUGAACAUGGAGCUCGAAGAGCUGUCCCCAGCCCUGCUGCAGCCACAGGUCACCGUGGUGGCCACCCUGGGCGAGCUGCUGGCCACCCUGCCCAGGCGGAACGAGGAGACGCUGCUCAAGUCUCUAAGGUGCCUGUACUGGGAUCUGGAGGACUUCACCACGAAGCUGCGGGCCACCGUGAAGUGCAUGGAUGACACCUGGUGGCACCGCAAUGUCACCUCCGAUAGCAAAGUCCCUCCCGCCUCCCUGAGCCAGGCCCUGGCCGCCUACAGGAGCACCCCAUGGACCCCCUGGUUCCAUGUGACAAUGGAGGCCUGGCACUGGCAGGGGACAGUGGAUAAGCGAGUGGACAGCUGGGCCCAGCUGGCCAGGGCAGCCACCAAGCUCUGCAGUGUCUGCAGGGAGGUGGUCACUGAGGCGGCCGACAGGGUGGCCACUGCCACUGCCCGGGCCAGGGAGCUGCAGGACGAGGCUGCCCGUGAUGGGACAGCUCAGGAAAACAUGCUGGAGCUGGUUCAGUCCCUGGGCAGGCAGGAGGGGGCCGAGGUGGGAGGCGAACAUGAAGCCCAGGUGAGGAUAGAUGCCAUGGUGGCUGCCAGCCGGGCAACAAGGGCCACCAUGGUGAGACAGCGGGCGGAGGCGGCCCUGGGGCUGCUGGAGCGCUUGGUGGCCGCGUGUGACGAAGCCACGGCGUUUCUCCAGGAGCUGCAGCGCAGGGUUGGGGACAUCAAGGCCGCCCUGGAGGGGAUAGAUGAGGCGUCCCCCAAUGUCCCCGAGGACUUGGUGGCCAAGGUGGCCGAGGCCGAGCGGCUGUGGGAGGCCAACGCCCGCCUGGCCAAGGAUCACCUGCUGGGGACACUUCAAGACAUCAUCGACUUCUUGUUCAACGGUGGUCCUGCCAGCCCCUGUGAGGUGGCCGAGCGGUGCCAAAGAGCCAUCGAGGACAUCCCAAGGCUCCUUCGACCCCCAGACCGUCCCCAAGGUGUCUCCAAGGUGUCCCCAAGGCCUCCCUGA